UUCUAAGUCGGAAAAUAAAACUGAGGGGAGAGGAGUGGAAUAGAGCGGUAUUGGAUCGCUCUUCCACUCUUGACUCGAGACUGUGACGCUGACGAUAGGGAAGAGAACAGCAACGCAACUGUUCAGAGCUCUUUGUCUUUCGCUCUGCACAAGCCUUCACCUUCGAAUAAUCAAUCCCUUCGCGGCACAACCAAGGGAACUUUUCGUGCCGCAGCAAACCAAAGGGACAAUGAGUUCACUCCCCUAAAGAUUAUUUGUUUUUCCCUAAUGGCAUCCACAAGACAGCAGCACAAGAUUUCCAAUUCUCAUGGGGCAGAUGGAGAAACUCAGAAGCAGCCGUCUUCUAAUGGCAAUUCUAAGACAGCUAAAUCCGAAGUAGUUGAACAAGAGCAGUUGCACAGACCGACAAAUAGUCCUCUGAUGAACGCUGGUGUAGAAUUUCCUGAGAAUAAACACUUGCCUGAUUCAUAUAGGAAGCCGUCCACCAACCCGUCUGCCAUCAGUAAACCCGAUUUGAGCUCACUAUCUACUGUGCUUGCGCAAGUAGAUCCAUUCACUAAUGAUAAUAGAGGUUUGGAAGAUGUUUAUGUCGACCAAGAAAAGAAAACAUCAGGCUAUGUAAGCAUGAAAACGAGUUCUGCUUCCCCGAAAGUUAGUGAUGGUACAAGCAGUCUCGGCAAGACGAGUGGGAGUGCCAAGAUAAGCGACCGUCUUGAUUAUGUUGAGAGUGGAAAGAGUAGUAUCUGUAGAGGCAGCACGAGCAGUGACGUGAGCAAUGAGAGUAGUUGUAGUAGCUUCAGUAGUAGUGUCAAUAAGCCUCACAAGGCCAACGACCUGAAUUGGGAAGCAAUCCAGGCUGUGAGGGCUCGGGAUAGGGUCUUGGGUCUGAGCCAUUUCAGGCUACUUAAGAGGUUGGGUUGCGGGGACAUUGGGAGCGUCUACCUCUCUGAGCUGAGUGGGACAAAGUGUUACUUUGCCAUGAAGGUUAUGGACAAGGCGUCGCUUGCGGGUCGCAAGAAACUCCUCCGGGCUCAGACGGAAAGAGAAAUUCUGCAGUCGUUGGAUCACCCUUUUCUCCCGACGCUCUACACGCACUUUGAGACUGAGAAAUUCUCGUGUCUGGUGAUGGAGUUUUGUCCUGGGGGAGACUUGCAUACUCUCAGGCAACGGCAGCCGGGGAAGCAUUUUCCUGAGCAGGCAGUAAAGUUCUACGUGGCAGAGGUCUUGCUAGCUCUAGAGUAUCUUCAUAUGCUGGGAAUUAUUUAUCGUGACCUGAAGCCCGAAAACGUUCUCGUAAGGGAUGAUGGACAUAUAAUGCUCUCUGACUUUGACCUAUCGCUCCGCUGUACCGUCAGCCCGACCCUUAUGAAAACUGCUGCUUUCGAGUCUGACCCACUACGUAAGAAUACAGCAUUCUGUGCCCAGCCUGCUUGUAUCGAGCCCUCGUGUAUCCAACCGUCAUGUGCUGUUCCCACGACUUGCUUUGGCCCGCGUUUAUUCUCAAGCAAAUCGAAAAGAGACCGUCAUAAACCAAAGAAUGAAGCAGGGCACCAAGUCAGGCCAUUGCCAGAGCUGGUUGCCGAGCCAAAUACCGCACGGUCCAUGUCAUUCGUCGGAACACAUGAAUACUUGGCUCCAGAGAUCAUCAAAGGCGAAGGGCAUGGAAGUGCGGUUGACUGGUGGACGUAUGGGAUAUUCCUGUACGAGCUUCUCUUUGGCAGAACUCCAUUCAAAGGGUCUAGCAACCGGCAAACGCUGUUCAACGUCGUGGGUCAGCCUCUCCGGUUCCCAGAAACGCCUGUCGUGAGUUUUGCAGCCAGAGACCUCAUCCGUGGCUUGCUUGUGAAGGAGCCUCAGCACCGGCUGGCGUUCAAGCGUGGAGCAACCGAGAUCAAGCAGCAUCCUUUCUUCGAGGGCGUGAACUGGGCUCUGAUUCGCUGUGCGACUCCACCGGAGAUCCCGAAGCCCAUUACCAAUCUGGAGCCGCCAUCACCAUCACCACCGAGUGAGAAGACAACCGGCUUAGUUCUCAAUGCUCAAAAGGGUUCUGAUAAUAACUAUUUGGAAUUCGAUUUCUUCUAGCGUUAGAUUGGGUAUUAUUCUGUGCCCACCCCACGUAUUCUUGCUUUUGUUUCAACUGAGAGAGACCCUGUUUUUCUUUUUCUUGUAUUCCCUUGUGAACUUCUGCUGGAAAAGGUGAAGUGGUUCACCAAGAGUUGUA